AUGCUCUCUUCACUUGCUUUCCUUAGCAGCCCAUUGCUCCUACCAUCCACAGAAUGGUCAAACUACCGUCGUCUCAUCACCACCGGUCUUGCCUUUUCCUUGCUGGGUGACUUUUUCCUUAUUCCUUCGCACCGUGAAUUCCAUGGCCCGGACAGCAAACCCCCAUCCGACAAAUCAAAACCACAAGGAAAAGUAUCUAUAUCCUUCCAACUCGGUAUCGUCGCCUUCGCUGCGGCGCAUAUAGCCUACACUGUAGCCUUCCUGCAGGAUUCCAGCGAAACCUCCUGGACAACCUUUGCCGCUACCUUUGUAGGGACUCUAUCCGCUGCAAAAUGGUUGGGUGUCGUAUAUCCCCCGCCACAUUCCUCACUCAAGACCAAUAUAUUGGAUCUCGACAUUGCCCCGGAUAUGAAGCCAUUGGUUUCGGUUUAUGCCGUUAUCAUUGGUACAAUGUUUGCUGCUGCUACUGCCACCUCCCCGUUGAUCGUUCCAACCGACUGGUGGCACUCGCGAGCUCUGGGAGCUGCUAUGUUUGUUGUGAGCGACCUUUUUGUGGCGAAGAAUGCCUUUGGGAGAUCUUCUAGACCGGAGACUCGUGGGUGGCUUGGGAUCUUUGUGGGUUAUGCGCUUUAUUUCUGGGCUCAGAUGGUUCUCGCUGGAACAGUGCCAGCGUAA